AUGAUCUUCUUUAUCCAAGAUUUCUCUACGAUACCUUUAUUAUGAAUUAUCUGAAUCAUAGCAAUGCCAAUCCUGAUUAGGUGGAAGUACAAAAGAUAUCAUAGCGUGAGAUUUAGUCCUUCUGCAACUUUUUUCAAAGGAGGCCAUGCGCAUGUAGAGAAGAAUUUUGAUGAUGACAAGUUUGCAUAUUGGUAUUAUGCUGAAUAUGCUCUAUCAGAUUCAAAACCAGAUGUUUACAUGAAAUUCAUUAGACCAACUCCAAUGCUUAUGAUGUUCUCUCUUAAAGCUUUAAUCGAGAUAAAGCAGCUUUAGCCAAAGAAGAUAGACAGAUAUAAUAUCUUCAUAGAUAAGCUGAUUGAAUUUUUUUAUAGAAGUGUCUCACAGUGACUGUCCAAUGCUCAUUGGAAGAUGAGAAAGCAAAGUGCAAUGAAAGCAGUGGCAUAAACUUCACAUCAGGAUGUAUCCAAAAAUUGGUUCAAUUAAUGAAAGAAGUAGCAUCUUAGUGGAGAGAAGGAAAGAUCAUUGACUUCACUGAGAAGUUUUCAUACAUCCAGUUUAUUUUCAUAUCCAAAAUGUUAUUUGGACAAGAGUUUGAUCUCUCUAAUUGUAUGUUAGAAUACUAAAACGAAAGAAAAAAGUGAAAUUGAAGAGAUCAGCAGGCACGAUAUGAUGAACAGAAUUGUUGAAGAUACUCUUUGGGGUUACUUCAGUCCUCUUGGCAUCGUAUUUCCGUUUAUAAACGACAACAACCUUUGAAAACCUUAUUGGAGAAUUAUGAAAAAUGUCAGGAGGAUGGAAAAUGGAAUAAAAAAAUUCUUACAGAAAUUUGAUGGUAAAGAUUUUCUGUAUUGGAAAUUAAAAUCUAAGAAAGUCCACACAGAACAAAAACUAAUGGCAGAUUUGUUUCGCAUGCUAUUUGCUGAAUCUGAUGCAACUUCCCAGACAACAUCAGGAAUACUAUAUUUUUUCAAGAAGAACCCAGGAGUUAUAAAGAAGUUUAUGAGAGCAGGGGAUCACUAAAAAAGGAGUCCUUCUUCAAAAGAAUUAACUUAUUAAAAAUAUUUUUGAUGAUUGUGAGUAUGCAGAUUAUGUUAUUAAACAAGCUAUGAGACUUAAUCUACCCACUUCUUAGACAGUCUCAUGUAGAACAUUAGAGAAUUUUGAAAUCUAAGGAGUUCCCAUACCAAAAGGGAGCUUAAUGAGUAUCAGUAUUUCGGGUUUCGAUACAAUCUAAAAUAUUGCCAUGGGCCAUUAAAGUUCAUCCUUGGAAGAUUUAAUUCUGAAUUAGAGUAUUUUAAAUCACCAUUUACUGGAAAAGCAAGAGACUCACUUUGAUAUAUUUCUUUUUGAAUCAGUCUUAGAAGUUAUCCUGAACAAGCCUGUGCAAAGCUGACUCUCAAAAUAGCUCUCCCCUUGUUAUUAUCAAACAUUGACUAUUGAAUCAACGAUGAAAUAUUGGAGAACGAUCAGGUGAUAUUUAGGACUUCUCCCAAUAUUCCAGUGUCUUCAAAAUUGUACAGAAUAAAUUAUGGAAAAUCUAAUUCAGUAAAAGGAUAAACAGUGUUUUUUAAGAGUUUAACUUUAAAGGUUUACAGAUAAAAAUUGUGACUUUAAAUAUCAUUAUCAGAGAACAAAAAUACAUAAAAAUGUAAUAAAAAUAAAUCACCUAAAAUUAAUUGC